AGUCGCUUCGAUACCAUGCUGGAACGCGGAACGAUAACGUUACUGGUGCUGGUUGUGAUCGCCUCGUCAGCUGAUCGGUCGGUUGUGCUGGCAUUUCGCAAAUCGUUUGAAGAGCUUAGCGUCCAUACACUUCCCGACUCUGGUUCGUUAGAGGAUUGUUCUCUUCGUAUGCAAAAGUUAGCUCAUGAUGAGCCACCAGCAGCACCAUUUCAAGAAUUCCCAUCGUUUUCACGAGAAUUCGCUCAUCUGGCAGCACUAGGAUGGAAGUCCCUAAAUGGAGCAGAUAUUGAAUGGCGUUGCAGUGGAAGCCUGAUAGCAGAGGACUUUGUGCUUACUGCUGCACACUGCACGCAGGAUGAAGGUGCGGAACCUACGGUCGUACGUGUGGGUGAUCUCGACCUGUACAACGCCAAGGAUGACCGUUUUAUGCAGCAGAUCGAAAUAGCCGAGAUAAUACGCCAUCCGGAGUUUAAUUUUAACAGCGCAUACCACGACAUAGCGCUGCUUCGGCUGAAGAAAUCCGUGACUGUCACCGACUUCGUCACACCGGCAUGCCUGUACACGAACGAUUCCUUAACGUUCGAAAAGCUGCACGCAACGGGCUGGGACUUUUACGCUGAAGUAUCGCCACCGAUCGUUACGACGCCGCUCAAUGUGAUAAAUCAGGAUCGCUGUAAGUUUUGGUAUCGUGACAAUAAGGAAGCUUUCCGGAAGGGAAUCAAUCGUAUGCUGAUGUGUGCGGGCGAUGAGCAGCUGCAGAGUUGCCCCAGCGAUACAGGCGGUCCGCUACAGGUGAAGUUGCUGUCCAGCUCGCGCUACACACCAUUCGUUGUGGGUGUUUCGGCGCUAGGUGUACCGUGUGGUGCAACAACGCCGGGCGUCUAUGCGAAGGUGCCCCACUACAUACUGUGGAUCGAAGCCGUGACGAAGCUCGUGUUUCAUCCGCCCGAUUGCGUUAUACGAUACAUUUCCAAGCGGGAAUUGGAUGCGUCACUAGUGCCACCGGAGUUGAAGACCACCGCCCUGGAAACCCAUCUGACCGGCAAGAAGAGUUCGGUUGAAGCAAAUCCGUUGCGUGCUAAAUUGCACGUAUUCAAAGAAUUUAAGUGUGCCGUGGGGAAGGAUGGUGAGAAUGUGGAGUGGAUUUGCGGUUGCACAAUUGUUGCACAGGACUUUGCACUGACGUCCGCCCGGUGCGUCAAGGAUGUUGAUGUCGAUGUGGUAAACUAUCGCAACGACUGGAAAAAGAUAGCCGAAGUAAUCUUCCACCCGGAGUACGACAGGAAGACGCUGUACAACGAUCUAGCGCUGAUUCGGCUGCAAACCGACAACCGUAACCGAUACGACUGGAAGGCAGUGUCAUGCAUUGGAAAGGCAAAUGAAGACGAUCAACGAGAGUUGUUCCUUUCGUUCGGCAUCGGGCCCUACAAUCUGAACGACAACGGUCUCUCGGAUGGCAACUCAGACGCCACCGAGCGUUACGUAACGGCCACCCUUCAGCUGGUGGCUAAUGCAAACUGUACGGAAUCGUACAAGGGUUACGGUAUUCUAAAGACCGGCCUUAACGAAACCCAAUUCUGUCUCGGCUCCGGCGGAGAUCAUCUCGUGCCCGGUGCGUGUGAACCGUGGAAUGGUAACGAGGUACUCAAUGAGAUUCGCCCAUCGGUCGAUACGAACCCGUUCCCGGAGGAUCUGAUUGGUGUGAGUUCGUACGCGCCGGAUUGUGGGUUCGGCCGGCGGCCGCUGGUCGCCUCGAGAGCAAUCGCAUUUCUCGACUGGAUGAACAACGCCAUCUACAAGACGAUGGCCGUGCACACCGUGCCGCAGGUGCUGAUGGAGAAGGAGCUCGCGCUGGACUACAUCUGCGAGGCAUCGGAUCGUGAGGCGGGUGUGUGUGUGCACAUUGACCACUGUUCGCACCGGGCGCUAGCCAAGGAUGUGGUCAAGGUGUGCACCAACGAGACGGCACCGAUUGUUUGCUGCCCGGUGAAUUCCUUCAUCGCGACCGCCCACCUGCCGCUGCUGACCGAGUGCGAAGCGAACUACCAGCGGUUCCGCAAGAAGUACGCCGACUUUGUUGGUGACCGGUCGGGCCAACCGCUGGUAGACGGUGACCAUCCUCACUCGGCCAUGAUUGGCUGGAAGGUCAACAAGACGGCCACGGCUUGGCACUGCAUGGGAACGUUAAUUAACCUGAACACGGUCCUCACGACGGCCGGUUGCGCUAACAGUGUGCGAAGACGCAGCCCGGAAGUGGUCAGCAUCGGUGAAACGAAUGUCGCACGGAUCUACGAUGGAGCAGCGCAGCUCAUACGCGUAAAGGAGACAAUCCGCUACCCAAGUUACAACCCCAAAACGCACGACAAUGACAUAGCGGUGCUGAAGCUGGAAUCGGAUGUACUCGUUAACGAGAACGCUGUUCCGGCGUGUUUGUGGCGCGAUUUGAACCGAACACCGUACUACGGGCAGAAGGUACACUUCGACGGUCAAUCGUUUACGACGCGUGACAAGAACGUGAUACACAACCGAGACUGCCAGCUGUUCACUUCGCACACCGAGCUUACCAACGAUCAGCUGUGCUGGCAGGAGUUCCGGCUACGCCCGGACGGAACUGAUGCACCGAACUGUGGGCGCAAGGGCGAUCCGUUUAUUACGCUGCAACGGAGCAACAAUAUCUAUUUGCCAUAUCUGGUCGGCCUGUACAGCUACGACCAACAGUGUGCGAACGGUGAGCCGAUCGUCGCCACACGCAUCUCGUCCUACAUCAAUUGGAUUAGCCUUUACAUGUAG